AUGGGGACAAUAGAGAUAGUUCUUUGUGUUUUUCUUGGACAUGUUAUUGCUGUUCAAUCAGUGAUAAUCAAUCGAGAUCAGGAUGCCACAUAUGCUGAGGAGUUUCUGGUCUCUUUGGACAGUAUCAGGCCUUUUCCUGUUAGGACAAAUUCUGAUUUCUUUGCCAACACUCUAUUCAACUCACUGAAAAGUUGGAGUCCUGAAUUUCCAAUGCUUUCAGAACUACCUCCUUUCAUGAACAUUCCCACAGUGGAGGUGUUUUGUGAUGAAUCCACAUUAACUGUACUGGUUAAUAAGCGAUCUAAUGGAGUCAUGUUGACUGGAGAAGAGCUCUGGUUAGGCAAUGGCUGCACUAGCAGUGGAGAGCUACCAAACCACUUUGUCUUUACCUACCUGUUGGAUGAGUGUGGAACAACAGAGAUGGUAAGUUGACUAAAGUAUCUCCUGAUUAUUGUGUAUCCACAUUUUGGUUUGGAUUUUUUUUUUAAACCAGGCUCUUACAGUUGCAGAAUGGCAACAUGGUGUUCACCAAUUCUCUCCACUUGAACCUCAGAAGUGUUCUCCACAACCAGUGGCUUAUGCCUUCAACAGUGCACAUCUCCUGCAUCCCCAAAAGGUGCUUCAGUGAUGUUACUUUAACAUAUGAAAGCAAUCAAUAAUUAGUAAACUUACAGAGGGGUACUUUUCUUUUUCAGGUUAGAUGAAAAUUCAAAUUCGAUUGUUUCAAUGGCUAACUCUGAGAAUGGCAAGACCAUCAAUAUCAAAGCUAUGAAUCGUAAGUAAUAGCUGAAGUCACAAAUACGCUGUUGGUCAAUGCGGUUUAUUGUUUUCUGUCACAAUUAAGUUCUUUUUUCCUGCAGCAUCUUGGACCAACACUGCUGAGUCUAAUAUGUAUAAGAGAGGCCAGAACAUCAACCUACAAGUAUCAGCAAGAACCAGACCCAAAGAGCAGCUUUACCUUCAGUCCUGUUUUGUGUCACCAUCUCCUGAUCCCCAGGUUAAACCCAGACAUGCAGUCAUAAUGAAUAAAGGGUAAGAAGCCUGCUGCUACUCAUGAAGUUAGUUUGUGAUGCUAAAAUCGUGCUCAUCAGAACCUUCACUCCUUGCUAGGUGCACAGCCCCAUUGGGUUCUCCUCAUGCUGUUGUACAGUUUGUGGCCUCCAAGAGACCUGAUGUGGUUAAUUUUGUUCUAAACACAUCUUUUCUUAUUUCUGAGGUAAGUUCUUAUUUUUUAUUUUUUUGUUUCUGUUUCUCUACACAAUAUAAACUAUGAACCCUUUUCCUCCUGAAGCUGUACAUCCACUGCAGCGUCCUUGUCUCGGACCAGGGUGUCACUUUUGGCACCAAAUCCUGCAACUACAAUGUCUUCCAAUCAAGGUAUUUGUGUACAUAAAUGUAGUUGUUUGUUGUUUUCAUACCUUGAUGAGAUAAUUUUACAUUUCAGAUGGGAGGACCUCAGUGGAAGAAAGGAAGUGUGUAAAUGUUGUAGCUCAAAAUGCAGAGGUCUGUCAAUUAAGCAUGUACCUGAAGGUAAGAGAUUUGUAUGUCUCAAGUCCAUCCUAAAAGCUGGCCCAAGAACCGGUAUCUGCUCACAUUUAAUGGAUCAAUUAUGUCAUUUCAGACUCUAGAGUUAUUGUCAGCACUGGCCCUUUUGUCAUCGAGGACAAAGAGGUAGCAACAAGUCUUAAGCCUUCAGCCUCUGAACCACAAACCUUGAGUGCUCCUGAUACCAACUUGAUGCAGGCUGAUGAUGCUGCAGCAGCUAAAGACACAAUUGUGUCUGGAACUACUUUUUCAAGAUACAAGCCUUUCUCUUCCACCCAGGGGGUCAUGGUCAUAAGUGAGGACCCAGUCGCAAGACUGACCCUUUGGCUACCUGGACAGUUGAGAGAACCAGACAACAGCAAAGAUCUUGGUAAUGAGCCUAAAGAGACAAAAUCAAGUGAUACACCUGAGCUACAGCCUUCAACAACAGAACAGGAGCCUCUUUUAAAUGUAAAAUCAAGUAGAGACCAGGGUUUGAGUUUUCUGACACUGGUUGAUGGAUGGGUAGGUCUCCCACAUCUAGAGGAAGCAGCUAUUGCAGAGGAAUCUCGAAGAAAGAGGUGGUUUGGGAGAUCUGGGAUGUUAAACUCUGAGCCUUCCCAGGAUGUUGGCAUCCAAUUGCCAGCUGAGAUAACUCUCGGUGUCCUUGGCCAGAAUGAUUUUAACCAAAAAGAUGAGUUGACUGAAAGUCAGGUAGAUGCAGAUGUAGUAGCCCAAGAGGAAGCAAAUGAUGCCCAACCAUUUGUGCGCUCAAAGCUUCAGUUUUCCAAACACCCUGAUGGCUCGCAGACGGUGAGUUAUGAGGAAGAAGUGAAGCAUAAGGAGGCGAGGGGUACAACCACAAGAUUUGGGAUGAACAGAAUUAAAGGACAACAGGAGCACAAACAUGGACGGAUGUUCUCAGCUUUCCUGGAUUUACUCAGGUCUCCAAGUUUGUUUUUUCUUUUUGAAUAUUAUGUUUGGUCAAUAUUGGUGUAUUAUUGCAUGAACAAAAACUAAUUUUGUUAUUCUCUUUCUUUCAGGAGAAUUGACAAAGAAUAA